GCGUGUUUGUGUACAGGCGAGUGGGCAGGGGUUACCACCAUACAGCCACAACCGCUGACAGUAGGAAAAAAAAAAAAAGGUGCCCCCACGCUGCGAAGUGGGAGGAGAGAGGUUUUAACGGUAGACAGCCCUGGAGCGAAGGCAGUGAAUGAAGCGGCCAUCCAUGCAGAAACAUCAACAAACAAGUGAUCUUCUCGCUGGCUGCAGGGACAGAAGUCACCACAGCGAAAAAAGCGAAGCUAUUGUUGGGAGCUUACAGCUACUUGCGAUGGUCGCUUCGGAUGACAGUCUGUGAACCAAGUCGACUUUUCUAUCGUCUGCUUCCGUCGACAUUUUCACGGUUUGGUGCAAAAGUUUGGGAGACACUUGACUGACUGAAUCGGUGUCGUCUGCUCCAGCCACGACUUGACCGCGAAGGAGACUGAGCACUGAUUUUUGUGUUUUUUUCUCUGAAAGAGUUUGUUUGUUUACUUCAGCAGUUUCGUGGCUCGGUGUGCCUUAAGAUAACCAAACAAGUCAUUUAAAAACAGGAGUAAUUAAAUUUUUCCUUCUGCAAAACGAGGCUAAAGUCAUCGAUAAAUAACAAUCAUCCGAAUCGUACAAGAUAUUCUGGAUUGGACUUUUUCUGUGAGUUCCGGAUUCGUAUGGAUUAGUUCGUGGAUUACGACGCAAGUUGUCUCCUCGUUGCCUGAGGUCUACGGACAGCGUUGCUGGUCGUUGCUGGUCGUUGCUGGGGGUCGUAUGAUGUUUGAGGUGCACUUUGCAGGAUGUCGGAAGUGACCGCUGCACAACGUUCUGUGCCCUCGUGUUCCUUUCUUUUACGACUUUUUCUUCUUCUUCUGACAGUCAUGUCGCCAGCUGUCUUGGCUGCCAGAACGUGUUCCCGUAACCUCGUCGCCGACUCCAAUGCGUGCUUCACAGGCUACAGUCGCGAGCACCAGAACCUGCUGUCCAGCCCCCAAAGUCUGUGUUGCGGACUGGACGUCGAGCACCUGCGAGCCUUUUGCCGCUCCUACAUGGACGCCAUGACCUGCAUCAGCCGCCUGAAGGAGGAGUGCCCGGAGUCCAAGCAUCCGCAGAUUGACCGCUCGCUGACCAACCUACACGGAGGGCGGGACGCACUCGACGACCUGUGCACCGACGACAGGAUCAUCGAAGUGUACGCCCGACAUCAAAGCUGCUUUACGGAGGCCGGGCCCUCGUCAGAGCGAUGUCUGUCCCGCAAGUUCAACGUCAGCAUCAAGCUGCUGGCCAACGUCAACACCGAGCCUAAGGACAAGUUCUGCAGUGACAUGCGCAGCGCCCUCACCUGUGUUCAGAACAAGGUGAAGCAAAUGUGCAGCAGCGAGGAAGCCGUGGAGCUGGCGGCCAUACUUGUCAAGCCCAUGAUCCGGGACAGCACCAACUGUGUCUACAGUACAGUCACUAAGCCGCCUGACGCCGGACAGAACGAUCGUCCAAGCGUCGACACGCAUUCAGCGCAUGACGGAAGUCAGUACAAGGGCAGAACUACUUCCGGGGCGGCCAUGACACCUCGCACGCCCUGUCGUCAGCCUCUCUUGCUGCUGCUGGUGCUGUUGGUGAUUCGGACUAUGGUGACCAUGUCGUGACCUUGCCCCCGGCUGUGCCCUCGUCGUCUUUUGUGAUAUUGGACAGGACGUGAAAGACAAGAAAAUGAGACAAGAAUUGACCAGCAGGGGGUUGGGGAUGGGUGGGGCGUGGAUGCGGCGGACGUCACGCUUGCUGCUCACGGGAGGACACCUCUGCUGUCCUGGGUCACGUUUCUUCAGCGAGGGUUAUGUAUUUAACAAAGACACCCGUAAGAACUUUCACACAGGGGCAAACACACACAUACACACACAGCUGUCAACAGACCGUUACAGCCCUCCGCUCCUGUCACAUGUGCUGACAGUUAACAAGUGAUCGGUAUAUCUGAUGCUUCCGGCUGGAGAUAAGCUACAGGUCAAAGUGCUCAAUUUUCUGUUGUGAAUUGCUCUGCUUUCAGAGAAAAAAGUUCUCCACUCGAGCUUUGUUUGGUUACCAGGGAAACACAACGAUCUGAACAUUCUUCAGCAUGUGAGUGAGAGAACUGGCUUGUUGACGCGAGUUGUUAAUCUGUGGUUUGGUUAAAACAAAGAGGCUUUUUCUAUUAUCUUAUUCAUAUACACACAAACAAUGUUUUCUUUGCUUUUAUACAUUCUUCUUUCUGCUUGUCUUCUCAAGAUUACAAAGGGGAAUAAUUUAUUUAAAUUACUUGUUUUCUGAAUUCAUCAAGCAAUUGUCAGGUAUCACACCCUUGUAACUGGCUUGUAAAGUGUCCCGUGAUAAACACAUUUGAAGGCUGGUCAUGCUCUAUUGUGCCAACACCAGCAGGAAGUAGGGGGCGUGGCGUUCGUUACAAAGACGCAUUGUACAUGCCAGUAGUGACAGUGGCGUUUGCCUUCAAGUCAGAGAUUGUAGUUACAAGAAAGAGGUAUGCUCACCAGAUAAGAGGCUAACCAUCCUACCCUCCUUAUCCCCUGCCCCGUACCUACGGCCUGGUGUCUCCGGAUACGUUCGGGUAGAAGGCGCAGAACACAGAUGCUGGUAUGUGUGAGUCACUGCUUGACACACAGGUCCGUCCUCUGUUUUUAGCAAAGAGACUUUGUGUGCCAAAAAAUUGUGAACACUGUUUAUAGUUAGUGUCAAUGCUGUCAACACAUUCAUACAUACUUAAACGCACGCACCCAUACACACGGACACGCAUGAAAGACUCAGCAGGUUUUGCCAGCGCGAGUUUUUGUGCCUUUCUUGGCGGCAAGCACACAUUUGUUUUUACUUUUAAGGCAACGGGAUUAACAAUGGUUCUUCUCCUUGUUGGAAUUUGUAGUGGUUAAUUGUGUAACUUGAGGUCAGUUGCGAAAAGAUAGGAUCAUGGACUAGCAUCCAAUAGUACAUUUGGCAAAAGAUUCUUGAUCACCUUCUCGAUCAGGUUAGGGUUAGUUGUCGAAUCUGAGUUGAAUAAGGUCAAGGUGGCUUGUCCUACCUGACACCACUAAAAACCUCUCUGUGGCUUUUUACACUGAUUAGUCGACUGUGUGCCUCUUUAAGAAGCAAGAAUUAUGAAAUGACUUCUCCCUUGUCUGUUGUGUUAAUCGGAGAUUAAAGGUGCCUGCAGCGCUUUCUGCUUUGACUACUGAGGUGACGGACACGAUGUCACGCAAGUAUCCUUAUUUCUUCUCCUGAUUAUCUUUACAUGACGGUGUCACGUGACACAGAUCUCUGUGAUGUGCGAAUAAGAAGGGAUUGGAAUAUUGUUGAUUGUUGUUAUUGACAGCAAUGGUCGUUGCAUUAAGAGCAACAUUAACAUGAAUAACACGCCGUUGUUUCCUGAACAUCGGGGAAUGUUGCUUUACAUCUUUUCUUCCUUUCUCCUGAUGACACCCCAUCCCCACUCCACCCCUCCGAGAAACACUAUGCAUGUGCAAGUCUGUGUGUGGGCAUGUUUGUGUGUACCUAUAUAUGCAAUUUAUUCGGCCAUGUGUAUACAUAGAUAUGUUUGUGUAUACAUGUGUUUUAUAUGUGCGAGCUUCUACAAGUACAGUGAGCACCAGUCGCUCUUUCGUGUUCUCUUACACACUCACGCACAGGAACUGUACACAUACAAGCAGCCACAGGAAAAUAUCGACAGUAUAUAUUUACACACCCAGGCAUAAAUAAAUAAGUUUAUUCUCAAAACCUUUUACUAAUCCCACCAUAAACCCAAAACCGAUAAAUUCUUAUUCUAUCUCGGGUAAGAUAAAUUUGCAUUAUCAUUGCACUCAAUUUUUAUUAUUAGCGCUUUUUAAAUUAAAGUCUGAUGUAAUACGAUGUCAGAAAAAAAAUCGCUGAUAAGCAAUUAAUUUUUCUGAGGCUUUCGGUUAUAUUGUGAAAGAGCAUUAACUCCGUGAUUUUUUGCUGCUUAGGUAUUUCACAAGAUAGAACAAAGUAACACCGUAACUGAAACUGUCCCUAGGGUUGAAUGGUCGGUGCCUCAACAACAACAACAACAACAACAACAACAACAACAAGGCUUAAUCUGGUCUUGGGAGGGACCUACGUGUGUGUGUGUAAGAGAGAGAAAGUGCGGCUGCGAGCAUACUGAGGCGAUGAAUGCACACGUGUACGAAAUCAAAUGCACGCGCGUGCUGACCCCUGAGUGCGAUACCUUCGUGCAUGCGGGCGCAAGGCAGGCUUGAGCUAUAUCAUGUCUACAAUCAGUCUGUUGACUAGCGACACACCACCGACACUUCUUAACUAAUUAGUUGGGUUUUUUCAAAAUUCUUCCCCUCUAAUUUUUUUUCUCUUUUAUUUCUCUACCUCUUCCUUUUUCCUCCAAACCUUUCCAGUCCCUGAUAACCACAUCGCACCCCACCACCACCACUCCCCCAUCUCUCUCUCCUCCCAUCCUGCUGCCUGUAUCGUCUCACACCAUCAGUUAUCGCCACGUUGCUAUUUCUUCUCAUUUUCAUUACCACCACCUGGAUGCAGUCGUCAAAGUAGUCCAGCGUCGAGGUGCCAAGGUGGCGAGUCGCCCCCUGCUGGGUGCUGCGUGCUCAACCAUCGUGUCUGCGACAGAGUUGUUGUUGUUGUAGGGUAGGAGUCAUCAGCCGGCGACACACCCGCAGUCAUCGGUCUUUAACUAUUCAUGAGAGGCGAUGUGUGCACGGCGAGCGCACCCGUGCCAAGACGAUUUCACGUCAACAGUGUGAUCAAACAUUCACAAGUUAUUUCACACCCACAGCGUUAUCAAACAUUCACAAGUUAUGGAUUUUUUUUACCAUUCUUCCAGUGCCUUCUGCAAAUGUUUUGACUUUGCAUUUGUGUUUUCUGUGUGUUGUCCGUAAUGUGGUCAGACCUUCUACUUCGUGAUCGUAGAUGUUAAGGUUAAGCACAGGUUGUUACAGAUAUGGUCGUGUUCUUUACAAUUCUCUCCCUCUCUCUUAUACACAUUCUCUUCUCCUUUUUCCUCUGAUUCUCUCCCCUACUUAUCCUCCCUUCACCACUUCAUCUUCACUCCGUUGAGUCUGACAUCAGAAACGGUUGUCAAGGAGAUAUCAGUAGCAACUGCCGGUUCAUUUUUCUGCCGUGUGAAAUUUGGGUUUUAAUCUUUGCCUAUCUGUGCACCAAUACGAUAGCAAUGUUGGCGAAAAUAUUUAUAUCAAAAUAUAAUCUGUCCAAGAGAACUUUUUCUUACCAUCUGUCUGAAUGUCUUGGUGCUUCCUUUGUAGUCUUUCCGGACGUUGACUAGAAGGAUUUCUUUUUCACACUCUGCUGCCGACUUCAUGGUUCGUUUUGAUAUCUGCUUCAUAUGGACUGAGGUUUGUACGACAAGGAUUUCACCAAGAAUCUGGCAAUAUGUCCUCCCCGUUUUUCUAUCAAAUUACAGAAGUAGGUAAUAGGUCUGUUACUGACGUAAAGAUUUUUAAACAAUUUAUUUAUUAAAGAGGCUUAAAGCUAUGUGUUAUCAAUCUUUAUUUUUAUCUACGCUCACUUUUUACUAUCUGCUAUAGAGAAAAUUCUUUAUCUUUUCACCAUUAUGAGCGUGACUAUACGCUACACAAAUCACGCAUUUAUUAUUAUUAUUAUUAUUAUUAUUAUUAUUAUUAUUAUUAUUAUUAUUAUUAUUAUUAUUAUCAUCACACGUGUAUUUCGGGACAGUCUAGGUCUUCCGUAGCUUGCUAUACAGACAGUAAUUAUUACAGACUCACAAAACUACUAUAAACAACUGACUGGAUUUGAUUGAUAUUAAGAUAAAUCUUAAAAUGUUGUAACCUAUAGGAAUCCUUGAAUAGUUAUUACUGAUAUUAACACCUCGCAGUUUCCUGUAUGGUUGUUGCUAUGGAGAUGGUUGAUAUUAAAUUUUUAAUUUUUUUAAACACACAAUUACAUACUAAGGAAAUGGCGGCUACUGAAAGCUGGUAAAUGAGACUGUCAUCUGUAGUUCUAACUUGUGAUCCAGUGAUUCAUUUUGUAGCCUGUAGUGUUAUUGGAAUAUUUGUAUAUAUGAAUAAUUAUAUAUUUGUCGUUCAUAUGUCAUCAAUUUUGUUGGGUAGCAAUGCCUUCUGAAGUUAAAUUUUGUUUAGAUUCUUGCAGCGAUGAGCCACUCUAACCCUCUCCCCUAGCCUUAUAACCUAUCGUCGGAAGUGACGUUGUAUCACUCUUCAGCCGACAUGGCGCCCCUGCUUUCGUUUAUCAUCUCUGUAGUAAAUAUAAUGGAACUGAAAAUAUCAGCAGAAGGAGUUUAACUUGUGUACAGAUGUGCUACACAUACUGUCUACCUUUGCACACACAACUGUUUUCUCAAUGGACAAACAAAUGAACACAACGUCAACAUAAAAAGUGAUUUUCGUUUCUUGUGAUCUGUGACACUUGGCUCACUUCUUCUCUCUGUUCUUGACGAGUGUUUUUUAUUUUGUUGGUAUAUCCCAUGUAGAAGACUGUGUAAAAACUAAUUUAUGCUUACUCGUUGUUUAAAAAGUCGUUAAAAUCUUUCUUAGCUGCCAUUUUUUUCUUUAUACUCGUCAGCAUUGUAUAACAUGAGUGCCAUGACAGAUGCUGAUAUCACCUUGUUCCUUGUUACCGUAACUUCUCUCAGAUGUGUAUGAGUGUGUGUGUAUGUGUGUAUGUGUGUGUGUGUGUUGGUGCAUGUGUGUGUGUGAACGAUGCUGACUGUACAGAAAGCUCACGAUUUUCUCGUUGUUACGUUUAAUGGGACUGUGUACGAUUGAUUGUUGUGGGCUGGGUUGAGACACUGGAACACAAUAAACGGACGUUUUUUGA